AACCCCCACUUUAGUUUGAGACGGAAGAGGGACCGAGAGUCGAAGUGUUUAGCUUGAACGCGUGGUGAACUUUCAACGUUGUAAAAUUUCGAUUUUCCACCCUCAUCACCACCAACGAAGCCUUCUACAGUUUCAUCUCCGUUCCAGACUGAAAGAUGUUUAACAGACAGACCAGCCUGUGGAUGGGUGAUUUGGACCCAUACAUGGAUGAGAACUUCAUCAAACAGGCCUUCAGUGCUAUGGGAGAAUCGCCGUUUGGAGUCAAGAUCAUCACUCACAGGAUAACAGGUGGUUCAGCGGGAUACUGCUUUGUGGAACUGGCAGAUGAAGCAAGUGUUGACCGCUGUGUCCAAAGACUCAACGGAAAACUGGUUCCUGGAUCAAACCCGCCCCGGAAGUUUAAGCUAAACUAUGCCACCUAUGGCAAACGGCCAGAAGCGGGGCCGGAGUUCUCAGUGUUUGUGGGCGACUUGGCCUCUGAGGUGGACGACUUCCAACUGCACCAAGUUUUCAAGAAGUACCUUUCCUGCAAGGGAGCCAAAGUGGUCACCGACCAGUACGGAUACUCCAGAGGUUACGGUUUUGUCAAGUUUGGAGAGGAAAGCGAACAAAAGAAGGCGAUCGAAGAGUGCCAGGGUACGAUGCUGGGUGGGAAGCCGCUCAGGCUCAGUAUCGCUGUGGCAAAAAGCCAGAAGAUGAGCAGCUACCAUGGGGGCCAGGGUCAGAAUUACCACAGCAGCUACAACCAGUCACAGUCCAAUUACUACGGCAGCAAUAAUAGCGGAGCUCAGGGGGGUUACUACUCUCAGUGGGGUGGCUAUGACCAAUACAGUGGCUACAACAGUGGCUAUAACAGCAGCUAUAACACUGGCUACAACAGUGGCUACAACUACAACUAUGGGGCCUAUGGAUACCCCCCACCAGGCCACAUGAUGCCACCACCUCCCAUGGGGAUGCCACCCAUGUCCACUGACAUGUCUGGAGCUGUAGAGCAGGGCCAGGAGGAGAGCGGGGCCAUUGAGGAAGACAACAUGGAAGAGCCCAUUCCUGAGUGUGACGUGGAGCAGUGGAACAAGGAUUUUAUGCAGCGCAGCGAGGAACUCUACGACGCCAUGAUGAACUGUCACUGGGAACCUCUGGACUCCGUUAAUUCCCCCAUCCCUUCCCUCUCCUGAUAAUUCUCAUCCUUCUGAUGGCUCUGUAAACCUUAAAUAAUUCAGUUUUUUCUGAUUUUGUACUACCCACAAGUCUGUCACAAUAUGACACCACAUUGACACUUUCAAAAGGGCAACUUCACUGUCUCAGCAUCUUAUUUAAAGCUCAGAGUACAUUCACAUGUACACAAAUAUUCACUUGAUUUUAAUGUUUACCAUGUUGGUAAUAUUCAAAAAGUAGUUCAACGGUGAAGUUACUGAGUAGUGUAUACAGUGAACUCUUGCAUAAGUUUGGGAUGAGAUGCAGCCUUCUCUGCUGCUGACUGGCUCACAGUAGCUGUAGCAAACUGAAUGUUGUGAAUAUUUUCAUAUUUGACAAUGUCACUGAGGAACAAAUUCUACUGUCAUUUACUUUUGUUGACACCAGCAAAAGCUAACUUUGCUCAUUGAAUAUGGCCCUGUUGAAUCAGAGUUUCUCUUCUGAGAACAAAAGUUGCAACUAUGCCUUAACUAUCAUUGGCCAUGUACUUCUUUUCAGUCUAGGAUGAUUAUUGUUAGAAUUACUUUGUAUAUACAGAAUAUUGGUCUUUCUUGUCUUGUCCAUUUUUUUAAUGAAGGAUUUUUUAAAUUUUUCUGACAGAUUUAAUGAACAUUAUCUGAGCAGAAGUUCAAGUAUGGGAAGAUAAUAUCGAGUUUAUCCAGUAAUCAACUACAAAGGUAAUUUAUCACUGUUUUCCACACAGUGUCUUUCUUUGUGUCUUUCUAUAUAGUAGACAAAUGGUACAACCUCCCGACACUUUUGAGCGCUGUGAAACUGCAUGUAAUUAUUUUGUGAGGUUGGCAGUUGAUUUGCUGUUAUCAGAUGUCAAGGCACCGUUUAUCCUCUGCUGUCUGAUGGACAAUGUUUUGUAUAUUUCUUUCUUGAGACGUUUUAUGAAUAAAACAAAUCUAGGAGGAAA